AUGCUGCCCAUAACUGGAACAGGUGAAGACAAACUACAUUACAAAAUUGAUGGUCUGCUGGAACCGGAUACGGAAUAUGUUUUCCGCAUGCGGGCCAUUUAUCCAGAUGGUCCGGGAGUAUUUUCCGAGGCUUGCAUUACCAAAACAUUACCAGACGGUAAUUGCUUUUGA